CGAUGUCCACCCCGCCGCGCCGCCGCUCGCGCCGCCUCGCCUCCGCCACCGCCGCCGCCCCCUCGCCAGACGCGCCGCCGCCCGCCCGCCUGCUCGACCUCCCCAGGGAGCUCCUCGAGCGCGUCCUCUCCCGCUUCAACAGCCCCAUCGACAUCGCUCGCGUCGCGGCCGUCUCGCUGCUCUUCCACGCCUCGCUUGCGGAGGAGGGAAUCCGCUUGUGGGCGCAAGAGCACGGCUUCGAGCUGCCGCCGCCGCCAGCGGGCGAGGACUGCGCCGUGCGGUGGCUGUGCUAUUCGGCGUUGCUGCACGAGUCCAACCGGCCGGCGAGGGCGGCAGCAGGCGAACGGCACAGCGUCUUCAUCGGCGAGGGGCGGCUCUCGUCGUGCGGGUCAGCGGCAACGGAGGGCGAGGAGGAGGCGGAGGAGGACGAGGAGGCAUUACCAGGCCUCCUCGGUCACGGCGAGGGCGUGACGCGGCUCAACACGCCGACCCGCCUCCCGUCCACGUUGGGUGGCGAGCGCGCCGUGAGCGUGUCGGCUGCAGUCUACCACAGCCUCGCCCUCACCGCCGACGGCGCAGUCUGGAGCUGGGGUGAGGGCAACUUUGGCCGCUUGGGCCACGGCGACCAGCAGGACCAGCUGCAGCCGAAGAAGAUCGAGGCCUUUGCUGGCCAGCGCGUCGUCGCUGUCUCGGCUGGAGCAUACCACAGCCUCGCCCUCACAGCCGACGCCGCCGUCUGGAGCUGGGGCUUUGGAGUCUUUGGCAAGCUGGGCCACGGCGACGAGGAGACGCAGCUGCUGCCGAAGAAGGUCGAGGCCUUUGCAGGGCGGCGCGUCGUCGCUGUGUCGGCUGGAGGCAACCACAGCCUCGUCCUCACCGCUGACGACGCUGUUUAUGCUUGGGGCGUGGGCGAAAGCGGCUGCCUAGGCCACGGAGAGGACCUGUCGAACCAGCUGCCUCCCAAGAAGAUCGAGACGUGGGCGCCGGGGCAGUGAGAAGGUUUGCCCGCGUGCGACAUACAUGGAAAUCUCUGCGCAACAUCGGAAGAUCCUUGGACUGUAGAUCGUAGAUGCCUUUUAGAGAUCUCUUAAGUGGCAAAUCUCCUGCCAAGAGCAGCAGUAGAUUGAAGAACUGGUGGAGGCAAAUCUUCUCCGGUGUAGAUGCUCGAGAGGAGUCUGAGAUCUCGAGUUGGUGCGUGCAGUCGCUUGAGAUCUUGCGACAGAGGUGGAGAUUCUGACCGCUUCGCGCCAAAGGCGCCUAGAGAUCGUG